AUGGCUAUCUUCAGAAAAGUACUCACAAGCACUGACGUCGAGAGAAGAUUGUCAUUUCCAGAGCAGAGCUUAGCUGAUUUGCCGCCAUUUGAAGGGAGCCCUGCAAUAGAUUUUCCUGUUAUGGAUGAUGAGGACGGCAGCGUUUGGACCUUUUGCUGCACAUUUCGAGCUGGAGUCUUCCCAAGGCCGGUUAUUGUUAAGGGCUGGUCUCAAUUCGUUCGAAGCAAAGAGCUCAAGAGCGGCGAUAUGGUUGUUCUUUACAAGGAGGAGGAUAGUGGGGCACGGUAUAAAAUCAAAGUGAAGAAGAGUUCUAACUGA